CUGACGGGUUUCGGGUAAUGCCCGAAUCCUACAAUUACCCAUUGCGGCCGGUUAUUGAGACCCGUUUGGACGGGUUUCGGGUGGGUACCCGACGGGGCGGCCAGGGUGGAUGGACCGUAGGGAUGGCAACCCUCCACGCACGCCGUGGCUGACGGUGGUUAUUCCACCACCUCACCUCCCACCACCGACGUCUCCGUCUUCUCCCUCCACUUUUGUCACUCCAUUAGCUCGAGGUAUCGUGCGUACAACUACUGCCCAAGUAACUGACAAGCGGGGAGAGAAACAUAAAGAGAGAAACGGCAUCAUCCGCCCACCAAAUCGAAUCUGAUUCUCACUCCCUCUUUUAACCCCUCCACUCCACCACCACCUCCCACUUCUCGAUCAGCUCCUUCCCCAUCUUUCGCUGCUUCCUAAUUCCUACCUUUUCUACAACUUCAUCGCCUUCUGACACCAAUUCCUGUACGGAUCGCUCUCUCUAUCUCUUUCGAUGUCUCUCGCUGAUCGGACGGCAACUGGGUUGAUUAUGGGGUUUCUUUGGUUUGGUAAUGCAGGACUAGUGAGAUGGCUGGAGAAGGAUCGGUGUUCGCUCCGUCACUGGAAGGGAUGAAGCAUGUCAAGUCGGAGCAAGGGGAAAUGCUCACCAAGCCCUUUCUGGAUGUCUGCAAAUUGAUCCUCCCCGUGAUCGAUAAGUUUGGAGCUGCUUUGGCGAUUGUGAAAUCUGAUAUUGGCGGCAAUAUCACGAGGUUGGAAACGAAGUAUUCAUCUGAUCCAACAAAAUACAAGCUCUUAUACAGUAUGAUCCAAGAGGAGGUUCAAGCCAAAACAGCAAAAGGAUCAUCGAGUUGCACUAACGGUCUACUUUGGUUAACCAGAGCUAUGGAUUUCUUGGUGGAAUUGUUCCGCAAUUUGCUUACACAUCAAGAUUGGACAAUGAGCCAAGCUUGUACAGAUUCAUACAGCAAGACUCUGAAAAAGUUCCAUGGCUGGCUUGCUAGUUCAAGUUUCUCGGUUGCAAUGAAACUUGCUCCUGACAGAAAGAAGUUCAUGGAUGUGAUAUCUGGAAAGGGUGACAUCAAUGCUGACAUAGAUAGCUUCUGUUCAACCUUUUCCCCAUUCCUUGCAGAGAAUCACAAGUUCCUGGCGAGUGUUGGCAUGGAUGACCUUAAGGCUUCUUAGAUUUGCUGGCAAAGCAAAAACUGAUAUGGUUGAAGCAUGAGUGACUUUACUUACUCUGUUUUUCCUUUUAUCAUGGAGAGUGUUGAAGUUAGAUGCUUUGGAUGACAUGUUACACCAUAACACAAGGUUUCACUAACUUUAGCUUCAUCAUUGCUGUUAUAUGUUGAGGGGCACACAAAUAGCUGGAUACUGUUGGCUUCAGUUGAUACAUCAGAUGAGCUAUCUUCUGUUUAUUCGUCCUGCUUAUAGCCCGUUUAAAUAUUUGAUAUUGUUUCCUUGGUGCAUGAGUCCUGAUAUAUCAAGUUCCAGGACAGAAUUGAGAUCAAAGGAUUAUUAUGAGGAAUAGCAGAUUGGGCAGCAUAAUUAUUUCUCUUUCUGCCAUCUUCUCUUCUUAGCUCGGUCGACCUAUGGCUUCUAGACCUAUCGGAGCUUUCUUUCGAACGAUGAGAUUAACGUAGUCGAACUCGGUUGAGGAGUAAACCAAUUAGCAUCUAUUGUGGCUCCAAGCUCACAUAAACGAUGCACCUAAAUCUGCAAAAAUGUAAUGAAGCACAGAAUUUAACAAGUCAAGUCAGCCAUUACUCUAUAUUCGAUUUUAAUAGAAUGCCGAAAUAUAUUUUGAUGUUUCUUUGGCCUCCAUGAAAAAAGAGAUUAACCUUCGAGCACACAAAAUUCUUUGGAAACCAAUCCAGAGCUCUAUAGCUUUCAAUGGUACCAUGGGGGUUUACCUUAUAAACCCAUUUGAAACAGACAGGUUUCUUGCUAGACAGUAUUGGCACGAAUGAGGGCCUGAAGCUCAAAGUCCAUAGAAGCCACCUCAUUUGUGACAAAUUUGCUAAAUGAAUUUUAAACGCUAUUAAUGAUUCAUGCACAACAUAAGUCCUGCUUAGAGGUGGCAAGUAAGAUCCAAAUACAUUUAUCCAAUCCAUCCAAUCCAUUUAAAAUGGAUUCAAAUCCAUUUAAGUUGAUCCAAAUCCAUUUGAUUUGUGGAUUGAUGGAUUGGAUUCAUGGAUUAAUGGAUUGAUCCACCAAUCCAUUAACACAUAUUAUUUUCUUCAUUUAUUUUAUAAUAUAUCCGAACAAAAACUCUGCUCUUAGACUUUCAGUACGGUCGAAUCCUACUCCAAAUAUAGUCCAAUCAAAUUCUCUCCGACGAGGCGACGACGAAGAGCAGAGCCGGCGACCUCUCCGAAGAGCCGAGCCGGCGAACUCUCCACCGCCUGCUCUCCAUGUCCAAAUCCACCCUGCCGCCGUCCCAAUCGAAUCUUCUUUCCCUCCUCUGUGAUUGAACAAAUCCAAUCUGUUCUUCUCCCCUGAGUCUGAAUCAGAUCCAACAUCGCAACUCCCAUCCUGCGAAUCGACCCUCCUCCAGCGCCGGCGAAAUCUCCGCCGCCUGGCUCUUCUAUUUGAGAACCCAUCCUGAGAAUCGAACCCUCCUCCAUCGCCGACGAAAUCUCCACUGCUUGGCUCUUCCAUUUGAGAACCCAUCCUGCGAAAUCAACCCUUCUGCAGAUAAUGAAGCUAGACUAAUCGAUGAGAUGCAACCUGCGGAUCGAGAUGACUAUGGAGUUAGGCUUUGAUUUUUCCCUCCAAGCACCUUUUCUUUCCUUGCUGAUCUUCAGCGAAACCCUAGCGCCCUUUCUUUCUUGUGUAAUCUUAUUUGUGGGAUUCGAGACCUAAUGGGUUUGUGGAGGCUGGCCAUCACCUUAAGGACCAAGACCUGAAUGUUGAAGGUGGUACGAUUAGUAUCUCAACUGCAUAUUCUCGCGGGUAAGUGUGUGUCGUCUUCCAGUUCCCAUUGAUUGAUUCGAAUUGAAUCAUAAUAAGCCUGUCUCAGUUUUUGGGUUUGGGAAUCACUUGAUGGGAAAUGCAGGCUACUGAGCAAUCUCACGGAAGCACUACGAAGUUCAGGAGUGGACUUGUCACAGGCCAGCAUCUCUGUACAGAUUGGGGUAAAGACCUGGUAGCUGCUUGGUCAGAGGGACAAGUUCAGCAUAGUUUGGAAUCUGGGCUUGCUGGUUUUCACCACCACUUAACCAUCCUCUAUCCAAAUUGGCAGCAGCCGGAGGAGAAAGUUCUUUGGAAUUGCUUGACGAGACAACGGAUAUAAGCACCGGAGAGGUGAGGCUCCUCUUUACUAUGAUUGUAUUGUCAUUCAUGAAUUUUUGGAUAUAAUGGGGCGUGACUUUUGUUUGAGAGUUUGCCUGUAAAAGUAUUUCCUCUAGAAUUUGUGCAAGCUAAUAAGGUUAUGCACCAAGAAACUUGAUGAUGCACUCCAAAGAGUUAACUACUUGUUGCAGUAAAUGGAUAAAAUAAGCAAGCAUUAUUCAUGGUAAGAGUCUUACUUCUUGGAAGGAAAGGUAGCAGUAUUAUGGUCCUCCAUAAAUCUGCAAACAUGUUUUGUCAUAUAUCAGCUGGUUUGAUGAUAAAUGAACCGAAAGCUG